UCAAGACCUGGUUCGUCAAGGAGUACUAUCACCCGAUCAAGGUGGCGCACUACACAGCGCUACACCAAAUCCCCUCCACGGUCCCGAUCGCCAACUACCUACAGGUACUUAGAUUCUCGAUUCACAUAAAGCAUUUAGUUUUUAGACUCGUUGAUGUGUCCGUGUCGCCGUUGUCUGUAUCUCUAUCUGCAGCUGCAUUCUGUUUCUGCAACAACCACAAUCACAAGUAGAAGCACACUUUGAACUUCAGCUUUCGUCUUGUCUUUUUUGCCACUAGUAUCCUUUUUUCAAUUCUCUCUUCAGUCGACUUGGGCCAACGUGAUGCAGCCGUGCGGUGGAUACAUGGGUGAGGAGUUAAACACAAGCGACGUCGACCUCUACUUGUCGUCGCAGAUGCUUUGCUGCAACGACAGAUGCUCCAUCCCUCCACUCGAUCUGGUAAAUAUCUGCAAAGCCGAGAAUGACGCUGAUCCGAUGGAUGACAUCCAGGGUGGUAAUGCAGAACAGUUCGUGCGUCCCCGCGCUAUUGCGAAUUGGGUCAAGUGUGUGGAGAAAUAUCGCGCAGCGCAUCUCGCGGGAAACAAGUCAGACACUGACAUGGCA